CUUCCUCCUCCUCCGCCUCCGCCGCCCGCAGUCUGUCCCCGUCCUUCCCCGGCCCCGCCGCCGCCUUCCCCGGCCCGCUCCGGAGCUCCGCCGCCCCGGAGGGCGCUUCCUGAGCCGGGGCUCUUUUCUCCAUCCCGGGGCUGCCCUCUCCGUCCCGGCUCCCCUUCUCCAUCCCCGGCUCACCUUCUCCGUCCCGGAACCCCCCGUCUCCAUCCCGGGUCUCCUUUCCCGCCGCCACCUCCACCCCGCGUCUCCCCUCUCCAUCCCGGCUCCCCCUCUCCAUCCCCGGACCCGCUUCUCCAUCCCGGUACCUCCCCUCCAUUCCAGGUCUCCCCCCUCCAUCCCGGACCGCCCCCCCCCUCCCCACCAUCCCGGACCGCCUUCUCCAUCCCCGGCUCUCCCCUCUCCACCCCGGGCUCCCCCUUCCCCCGCCCGGCUCCCCUUCCCCUCCAUCCCCAUCCCUUCCCCCGGGGGGGACCACCUCCCCCCCUUCCCCAGUCAUGGCCCUGGCGGCGGGGCCGUGGCCAGAGCCUCCUCUUCCUCCUCCUCCUCCUCCUCCUCCUCCCGGCGGCCCGGAGGCGGCGGGGAAGGCGGCGGGGGACUGCCUGGUGUGCGGGGACAAGGCCAGCGGGAAGCACUACGGGCAGUUCACCUGCGAGGGCUGCAAGAGCUUCUUCAAGCGCUCCGUGCGCCGCAACCUCUCCUACAGCUGCCGGGGCGGCCGCGACUGCCCCGUGGACCAGCACCACCGCAACCAGUGCCAGUACUGCCGGCUCCGCAAGUGCCUCCGCGUCGGGAUGCGGCGGGAAGCCGUGCAGCGGGGCCGCAUGGCUCACGCCCCGAGCAGCCCUGGCCAGUACCCACUGGUCCCUGGGGACCCCUACGGUGGCCACGGCUACUUAAGCGGCUUCAUCUCCUUGUUGCUCCGCGCCGAACCGUACCCCCCAGCUCGCUAUGGCGCCCAGUGCCUGCAGCCCAGCGGCGUGGUGGGCAUCGAGAGCAUCUGCGAGCUGGCCGCCCGCCUCCUCUUCAGCGCCAUUGAAUGGGCCAAGGGCAUCCCCUUCUUCCCGGACUUGCAGCUUUCGGAUCAAGUGGCGUUGCUGCGCUUGGGCUGGAGCGAGCUCUUCGUGCUGAACGCAGCGCAGUCGGCGUUACCGCUGCACGCCGCCCCGCUGCUGGCCGCUGCUGGGCUCCACGCCGCCCCCAUGGCUGCCGACCGCGUGGUGGCCUUCAUGGACCACAUCCGCCUCUUCCAGGAGCAGGUGGAGAAGCUGAAGGCUCUGCAUGUCGACGCUGCUGAGUUCGCCUGCCUCAAGGCCGUGGCCCUCUUCUCCCCCGACGCGGUGGGGCUGUCGGACCCGGGGCAGGUGGCCGGCCUGCAGGAGAAGUCGCAGUGUGCGCUGGAGGAGCACGUGCGGCGGCAGCACCCCAGCCAGCCCAGCCGCUUCGGGCGCCUCCUCCUGCGCCUGCCCGCCCUCCGCAGCGUCUCUGCCCCCGGCAUCCAGCAACUCUUCUUCAGCCGCCUGGUGGGCAAGACCCCCAUCGAGACCCUCAUCCGCGACAUGCUGCUGGCCGGCACCACCCUCAACUGGCCCUAUGGCCCCAUGCAGUGACACCUCCCCGCCCGGGACGGGGACCCCAAGGAGGGGACCCCAGAGAUUGGGACAGCAAGAAUGGAGAUACCGAGGAUGGGGCCACCAAGAAUUGAGACCGCCCCAAAGAUGGGAUCCCCAUGGUUGGGGACCCCAAGGAGGGGCUCCCAAAGAUGGGGACACCGAGGAUGGAGACACCAAGGGUGGGAGCCAAUGGCUGGGGACUCCAAGGACGGGAUCCCAAAGAUGGAGACUCCAAGGACUGGUACCCCAAGGUUGAGACUCCAAGGUUGGGGGACCCCCAAAGAUGGGACCCCCAUGGUUGGGGACCCCAAGGAUGGGAACACCAAGGUUGGAGACCCCAUAGAUGGGACCCCAAGAAUGGAGACCCUCUCCCCAAGGCUGGGGACCUGGGGACUGGGAUGCUGCUGGGGGGGGGACGGACGCGACACUAUUUUUCCCCCUGUUUAAGGGAGAAAAGCAGGUUUUUGGGGGGGCUGAACACCCCCAGCCAGCACCUGCCCCGUGGGCACAAGGCGAGGGGGGCUAUUUAUAAAGAGAAAAUAAAAUAAAAAGCGAUAUUCUACCCCCGGUGCCUCCCAC